AUGAGGAAGCAUGGAUGGCAGCUACCUUACCACCCUCUUCAGGUUGUGGUUUUUGCUGUGUUUUUGGCUCUGGGGUUUGCUUUCUACGUGUUCUUUGCUCCUUUUGUUGGAAACAAGAUGUAUCAGUAUAUUGUCGUUGCUCUCUACACACCUAUGAUUGUUGUUGUUUUUGGACUCUACAUUUGGUGCGCUGCAGCAGAUCCUGGGAUUUUCAAGUCCAAAAAGUAUCUUAAAAUUCCAGGCAGUAAAAAGAUUGUUAGGCUAAAGAGUUCUAAACUAGGUGAAGAGUAA